AUGAAUAAAUUAAUUACAUUAUUAUUAGCAGUUUUAAUGAUCAUCAGUUGUGUCUACUCUGAUGAUGUAGAAAUCACUGAUGAUGAAGUUGUUCAAGCCACACCAACUUCUGAUGUAUCAUUCUCAUAUAUUUUCCCAGAUAAUCAAGAUAAAAACUUUGCUGCUGGUUCAGUUGUUGAAGUACUUGUUGGUUUCACCAAUAACGCCGAUAAAGCUUUAAAUAUUACUCAUAUUUUCGCUUCAUUAAAUCACCCACAAGAUUUCUCAGUUUUCAUCCAAAAUUACACCCGUGGUGAUUUCGGAAUUGCAGUUGAAAAAGGACACCACGCUACUUUAGCUUAUCGUUUCGUACCAAGUGAAUACUUAGAACCAAGAGAAUUUGGUUUAUUAAUUUCAUUGGAAUAUCAAGAUGGUGCUCAAAAUUUCACUCAAACUUUCUUCAACUCUACAAUUAACAUCACUGAAAAAGAAACUUCAUUCGAUAUGGAUUCAUUCUUCUUAAUUCUUCUUGGUCUUGGUUUUGUUGGUGGUAUUGGUUACAUUGUUUACGGUAAAAUGCCAAAACAAAAGAAAGUACGUACUGUCUCAAAAGUCAAUAAAAACGCUGUUCGUGUUGAAACUGAAGAUGAAACCGCUGAAUGGUUAUCCGGUACCUCAGCUGCUUCAUCAAAAGUUAAAUCUGUUCAAAAAGUUGUUAAAAAGAAUAAAUAA